AGCUGGCGUCGUGUUCAGACGUGCCCUUAGUAGUGAAACAAAUCUAUUCGGUUUCUAACAAAACGCAGACCCAUCAUCUGGGCUUUGUAUGCCCAAGUAUUGUGAUCAACGUCCCUGCUCGCUCGAAAGUAUAGGGACAUGAGGUGGACAGCUGAUGGAGUUGCAUUGGAUCAUCUUCAGCCAUGACUGUCGAUUUGGACGCGGCCAUCCGCCUACUCCGGCUGCUGACCCCGCUGUCGGCAUCGUUGGCUUUCGUCACAGUCGCCGUCGGACUCGUCACCAGCCACUGGCUCUACAGCGAAGAGAAAAUGUCCAAUCCGAAAUUCAACCGGACUGGCGAUCCCGAAUUGGAAUAUCUAUCCAAAUUCACCGUCAGCGGAUUGUGGACCCUCUGCUAUACCAAUCCUGGCGAGACGGAACGAUUUUGUUUCAACAUCGAUUAUUUUCCAACUGAAGAAUACAGUCCCGAUCCCAACGACUCUACUCUUUCCAUCCCUUAUGCAGUUUUAAGAUCGGCACCUUUUUUCUUUAUGGCAACUGCCCUUUUGGUCGUCGGUGAAAUAUCCUGUUUCCUUGGACAUUUCGCCCCUCGUAGACGCUAUUGCACUUUUCUCUCGGGCGUUACGUUCAUCCUUUCAGGACUCUUACUUUUGCUCGGUCUGGUAGUCUACGUGUCAGUUUUCACGGCUGAAAUUGGAAGUAAAUUAAGGCCCAGCUCAUCUCUGCAACCGCCAAUGUUCACUUACAUUUAUGGCUACAGUUUCUAUUUAGUCGUGACUGGUUUCUUGGCCGCCGAAGUAGCCGGCACUUCGGCCAUCUUCUUAUUCAUUUACUGGCACCGCAACCGUAUUGCCAAGAAGGAAAUGCACCGGAAGAUGACUCUGGCUCUCGUCCAGACGCCAGUCGAUCUCGGAUACACAGCAGCUCAUGGUCAUCUGUUAGCUAUUGUUCCUCCACCUCCACCGCCGUCUUCACAAAAUCAUCACCAGCAUUACCCCAUGACCAAUUCUCUAACGCCAGUUUGCCUUCCCCAUUGUUACCAAGACCAGCAUCAUUUGCGUCAUCAAAACGAAACGUUUCAAUCGAAUCAGUGCAAUGGCUUUGUGAAAAUUCCUUGCCCUUGUUCCAUUGGCUUCGGUAGCAUCGGUGGAGUGGCUUCCACUGAUGAUGAGUCUGUUUCCAUACCGACUCCGCCGCCGGCUGUUUCUUCCAGCUAUCCGAGAGAUUGUCCCGUCCACCAUCAGACGGAACGUUCAUCCUUUGUGACUGUUCACAAUCCGGCAUCUACUGCAGCUGCUCCGCUACUGUCGACGAUCCGGCGUCAUCACAAUUACCAGAAGCAGCAGAGUCAAGACAGAGAUAUGCCGGACAUAACGGCGUUUAGCCGAAUGCUGGUCCAUCAGCGGCGACAGUUUAGCACCGAUUCGGAGAACAGCAGUUUCAAAGUAAGCGUUAAUAAUCUAGGACCAGCUAAUGGCAAUAACAGGCAACAGCCAUCAGAGCCACAUCAACAGACAACGAUCUGUUACCAAUGUCACGGAGCGGGUCACGUGACAGUGCCCGUCAUUUCGGCCAGUUGUGACAAUAAUAGCCGGCAGAUGGCGUUUGCUGACAGUCUUCCGCGCGACGUGACCACAAGCACAAUCUGCAGCGCCGCAAUGGCGACUCCCGGAGACGAAGAUUAUGCCGCCGUGUCUCAUCGGGAUAAUAAUGACGUGGAUGAUGGAGAGUUGAUCUUUCAUCCGAGGCAUCAGCGGAAUCUUUCUGCAGGCACAAAUUUUCACGGCUCGCUCAGGAGGAUCACGGCUGUCUAGAUUAAUGGACUGAAUCAAUUAUUUAAAAUUAAAAACAGUAUUUGAAAACUUCCUGCCAAGCAUAAUUAAAUUUGUGUUGUAUAUAUUUAGGUAUUGUGAAAUAUGGUUUAUUUGGAUGAAA